AUAAAAACCUAAUUACGACUUCACAGAGUCUGCUAGAGAGAAAGAGGCUGACGACCGUAUUCUUUCAAUCUCAGAGUUCAUCUGCGUCCCUAAGGGUCUCACUCUCUUCAUCCCCAACUCUAAAUCAGUGACAGCAAGGCCAUGACAUGUAUUGCCUCUGCAUCAUCAAUUCCAUGGGUGCUACUAUCGCUUGUUCACUAGCCUCAAAACCCAGGUCUUUGCGCAGAACCGACAAAUCUGGGUUUAUCUAUUUCGCCUCACUCUUCUUCUCGUCACCGCAAAACGUUGAGAAUCUCGGGUAUUGUCUCGAUCUCUAACCGGAAUUACAGAUCGGUGCCCAUGAGCUCGCUGGUUCUAUUAUUUCCAAGUUAGGUGUCAAAACCCCAAAUUGAAGUAAACAACCAAUUCGUGAAAAGCUCUGAUUGAAGCAGAGGCAAUUAGUAUUUGGUGAAGCCGAGCCAGACAGACACUUGUAUUCGGUGAGUAUUCCAUUCCUUCCCUUUUAAUCGUUUGCUCUAUUAUGUUUGGUGUUUACUGUAAAAGAUUGCAAUUACUUGUUCCGUUUUCUUCAACUGGUUCAACUUCAUGCUUUGAGUUUGUAAAAACAAGCAAAUUCUGUUAUGUUGCACAGCCAUUGAGAAUAUUAACAAUAAUAAUCUUAGUUUACUGGCAGUUUCAUAACUUCUAUAUUGCAAGCUCUUUCUAUGUUUGGAUCUUAAAAGCGUUUUGUUCAUCUAAUGACUUCUAUGUCAUUUGUCAUGUUAAGGUUGCAAGUUCUUGUAAAUGAUUAAUCAGGAAUCAGGUGUCUUUGACAUUAUUCUCCUCAUCUUUGUUUUCAUUGACUUUCUAUGAAUGAUUAAUUGUGUUUUUAUUAACCUUCUGUUUUCAAUAGUAAGGGGCCUUAAAUUAAAUCAACGUGCCAGAUUGCUUCAUGUUGGCUCUGGCUCUGGCCUACAGAUUAGCAAAUUUUGGGUGAAGAUGAUAACACUAGGCUCAAAAUUCAGGCAGAUUAAAUUAGACAAAAGAGAGAGAAUCCUCUCCAUACAUGAUUGGGGUAUAGGUAUGACGUCAAAGGAGGAGAUCAAGAACUUGGGAACAAUAGCAAAAUCUGGAACUUCAGGUGCCACAGGCCUAUACAAAACCUCGAAAAAAAAAAAUAACUUUCAGCGUGGCAGAUGCGUGUCCAGUGAUGAGUUCAAAGUGCAAGAGCAAGUAGACAAAUAUUCCAAGAUUUGGGGAAAUGAUCAGGAGCAUGCCAAAAAGAUGAGGAGUUCAUUAAUUGCAACACUUUUGAGCAAACCAACAACCAAUAAUUUGGUUAGUAGUAUGUUGGAUUUAGUACACAAGGAUCUCUGGGCUGUUUUGAAUUAUUAUUGAUCUAACUAUUUUGAAUUGGUAUUGAUUGUAAACAAUACUUUGGGUUAAUAUAUUCUUGUUUUGUCGGUUCA